AUGGACGAACAGAAAUUCUUGGAGCAGCUCGCCAUCAUCCUCGAUCCAAAGAAAGGGAACGUCAAGGCUGCCACGAGUAUCCUUCAAAAUGAAUACUACAAACAGCCACAGUCCCUCCUCGCUCUCAUCCACCUGGCCAUCUCACACGAAACCGCAGACCUGAAACAACUGGCUGCCACCCAGGCAAAGCCGCUCGUCUCGAAGCAUUGGACGAAAAUCCCCAACAACCAGCGCCAACAAGCCCGAACACAACUCUUUCAGGCAACUCUUGCUGAAUCCUCCCCCCUCGUCCGACAUUCGUCCUCCCGUCUAAUAAGUACAAUCGCAAACAUUGAUCUCGACGACGGGGAAUGGCCCGAACUGCCUGGCAUGUUGCAGCAGGCUGCCACAAGCUCAAAUGCCGCUGAGCGCGCGGUCGGCGUGUACGUGCUUUAUAGCAUACUGGAGACUAUGGGAGAUGGCUUCAGCUCCAAAUUCAAAGAGUUAUUCACAUUGUUCAGCAAUACAAUCAAAGACCCAGAGAGCUUGGAAGUCAGAGUCAACACGCUACUGGCCAUCUCCAAAAUGGCGCUGGUUAUCGAUGCUGAAGAAGACCAGGCCUCGAUCAAGGCAUUUCAGAACAUCUUCCCUUCCAUGGUUUCUGUUCUGAAAGAUACAAUCGACUCGGGCCAGGAAGACCAGAUCAUGCUCGCUUUUGAAGUUUUCAAUACCCUCCUCACUGCCGAGUAUCAGCUCAUGGCCAAACACUUCCAGGAUUUAGUCGUCUUUAUGACCGAGAUCGCCACCAAUGCAGAGAUGAUCGAGGAUGCUAGGACUCAAGCCAUCAGCUUUUUGAUGCAGUGUGUCAUCUAUAGACGCUUGCGAGUUCAAGGUGCUAAGAUGGGAGAGCCACUGACCAAGAGCAUGUUGCAAAUUGUCACGGAGAUUGACGAUGAUUCUGCUGACGACGAUGAAAUCACACCUGCUCGCUCGGCCCUGGGUCUCAUCGACACUAUGGCCCAGAGCCUCCCUGCCAACCAAGUCGUCGUUCCAUUGCUGAACGCGCUCCCGGAAUAUUCCAAAAGCCCCAAUCCCAAACAUCGACAAGCCGGUAUCCUGGCUCUUGGUAUGGCCGUCGAAGGAGCCCCAGAAUUCCUCGGCACUCAGCUCUCCUCGGUUCUGCCGAUCCUUUUUACUCUUUUGGAGGACUCGGAGGUUGUCGUCAGACAAGCCGCUCUCCAGACCACGGCUAGGCUGGCCGAGGACUUGCCGGAGGACAUCAGCAAGGCGCAUGAGAAAUUGAUGCCGCUUCUCGUCAAGAAUCUGACGGCAGCCAUGGGCGCUUACAAGGGCGAGGAGGAAGGACCUACCGUCGACAUCAUGAAGUCUGCGACAAGCGCCAUCGAUGCAGUCGUGGACGGGAUGGAUGCCGAAGAUGCUGUUCCAUACCUGGAUAAAUUGGUCCCGCUGCUUCAACGGCUCUUCAAGCACCCGGAUUUCAAGAUCAAAGCAUUGGCCGCGGGCGCUCUGGGUUCGUUGGCCUCCACAGUCGAGGCGCCUUUCUUGCCCUACCUUCACGAUUCUAUGAAUGCUAUGCAAGAAUUCAUUACGAAGAAGGAGAGCGAGGAGGAACUCGACCUGCGCGCCAGCUGUACUGAUGCCAUGGGCGAGAUGGCGCUCGCCGUUGGUCCAUCUGAGUUCAAGAACUACGUCCAGCCACUCAUGCAGACCAGCGAAGAGGCCCUACAUCUUGAGCACUCGAGACUCAAAGAGAGCACCUACAUCCUGUGGGGCUCUCUCGCCAAGGUCUAUGAAUCCGAGUUUGCGCCUUUCCUGGAGGGAGUAGUAAAGGGUCUCUUCGAUUGUAUUGACCAAGAAGAGGCCGAUCUAGAAGUUGAGCUUGGUGACAGUGCAAGGGACCUGCUCGGCAAAGAGGUGACGAUUGCUGGAAAAAAGGUCAAGGUUACCGCGGCCGACGAUGACGAAGAUGGGGACAUCGAGGAUAUCGAGAUUGAUGGCGACGAUGACAGCGACUGGGGCGAUCUCGCAACCGUCACUCCUAUCGCUCUUGAGAAGGAAAUCGCCAUUGAGGUUAUCGGUGACGUCGUCUCCAACACCAAGACGGCCUACCUGCCAUUCUUUGAGAAGACGAUUGAAAAACUGCUGCCUUUGGUAGAACACAACUACGAGAACGUGCGCAAGGCCACAAUCAGCACAUUGCAUCGUGCGUAUGCUGCUCUGUACGAUAUCUCGGAAGAAUCUGGCAAGCUACCAAAAUGGAAGCCUGGCCUACCGCUGCAGGUUGAGCCGACGCCGGAGCUGAAGAAGUUUGGAGAGGUCUUGAUGGGUGCGACAUUGAACGUCUGGCCCGAGGAAGAAGACGUUGCUACCGUCAUCGAGAUCUCGAGAGCGCUCGCCGAGAACCUCAAGAUGACAGGCCCAUCCCUCCUCAACUAUCCCGACGUUCUUUCCAAGAUCGUGCAGACAGUGACGGAUCUGAUCACGAAGAAACAUGCGUGCCAGGUCGGCAUGGCAGAAGAGGCCCUGGACGAUGACGACUUGGAGUCUACAGAAAUGGAAUGGCUUGUCAUAGACAGUGCCAUGGACGUUGUCUCGGGCCUUGCAGCUGCACUAGGCCCCAGUUUCGGAGAGCUAUGGAAGAUAUUUGAGAAACAGGUCCUGCGAUAUGCAAGCGGCGGUGAAGCUCUGGGCCGCGCCUCUGCAUGUGGAGUGCUCGCUGAAAUCAUCACGGGCAUGGGAGGUGCCGUCACUCCGUAUACGACGCAGAUGCUGAACGUCCUCCUCAAACGUUUGGGGGACGAAGAUCCUCAGACGAAGUCUAACGCCGCGUACGCCGUGGGCCGCCUGGUCGAGAAGUCCGAAGACGCUGGCAAUAUUGUCAAAGCAUACCCUCAAAUCCUGUCGAAACUCGAGUCGAUCCUGCACAUCACCGCCGGCCGCUGCCAGGACAACGCGGCGGGAUGCGUCUCCAGGCUAAUCUUGAAGCACAAGGAUAAAGUGCCCAUCCAGCAGGUCCUUCCGGCACUUGUGGACAGCGGCAUCUUACCUCUGAAGGAGGAUUAUCAAGAGAACGAACCGUUGUGGACGAUGAUUGUACAACUCUACCGCGACCAGGACCCGACGAUUCAGCAGCUAACGCCGAAGCUGGCCCCAAUCAUGUUGAGUGUGCUGGGGGAGCCGGAGGAGCAGUUGUCAGAUGAAGUGAGAGAGCAGGUCCAGGCACUGGUGGAGCAUCUGAAGAGCAUGCACUAG